AUGUCGUCGACUAGAGUCCUUUCCGCUACGUCGCUAGACAUCAUUGCCGAGUACAGCUCGAGCAAUAUUGCAACCGUUCACGCCGGGUAUCGCACCGUCUCUACUAGUUCCUUUGCAACGAUUUCGAGCCAGGAAACUGUUGAGAUUCCCGACGAACUUAAUAGCCAAGAGGCGUUGGAGUUCUGCGGCUUUGGGGAAGACACAGCUCGACUGCUCGUUGAGCAUUGGGAAUGGCUGCAGACGCAUGGUAGAGAGGGUCAGCACGGGUUCGGGGAUGAUAUUAUAAUCAUCGCCCGGCAGCACGUCAAAGACCGAGCAAUAUUGAGAGAUGCAUGGCUUGAAUACCAGGACUGGGAAGGCGUUCUGAGAUACCUCGGGAUGUCGGAAGAAGCUGUUGUUGGCAUCAUGAACCCGGAAUGCCGAGUGGUGAGGCUGAUGGCCUCGGCGUCCGAAUGGGUGCUAGAUACCAUCGAUAUGAAUUUCGAAUUCCUUACCACCCUUGACAAGCGCAUACGGAAGAAAAGGCUAGAGAUAGAGAGGGCUUACUCGCCAGCGCCUGACGUUCAGCCAUCCCCGGCACUACGACCGAAUCAGCCUCUCACUGGCGGUCUCCACAUUAGCCAUCCCAGCACCAUCGCCGCAGACGAAGUUGAGCCGCCAAUAGAGGUCGAAGGCCGCACCAUGCUAUACAAGGGUGGCACCUAUUCUCGCCUUCUGUCUAUCUUCCGACCCGACGGCUCCCUAAACCUCACUGACAUCUUCUCGACACCACCUACGGAUUUUCAUCCUUCUCAUUCCCUUGUCUAUUUCGGCAAACAGAAGGAAGUUGCGGAUAUGUAUGCGAUAUUCGCAGAGUCUCGCAGCUCGCGCGUCAGAGAUGGCGCCAUCAUGUAUGUAGCCAUACCAAAUACGUGGCUAGACAACGCGCACAGCAUCUUCAACCCGGACUGGAAGCAGCUGGUUUGGCUAAGCCGCAAUCGCCGUGCGUUCCUCGAACGUCUCUCCGCUUCUCCCACCGCCAUUCCUGAAGAGCUUGUCAGCUAUACCACAGCGCCAAUCCUUCUUGGAGCAAUCUGUUGCAUGUCGACAAAUCAAAUCCAGAGGCUUGACAGCGCCGACGACAUCCGAGACCUUCGACUGAGUAACGGCAAUAAAGGAACACAGGUUGUGCUACAAACGCAAGAUGCUUUCGCCAGAUUCUUACGAGAAUGCCAAGGAUACGUUUGGGUCCAGAAGUGGGACAGUCAGCUGGCAUACACCUAUCCGCCCAACUCAUCAGCAUAA